AGUGCCAGGUCGGCUGCAGCCGCAGUGGAGCAAUCAGUUUGGGAGGCGACCAAGGCCCGCCCCGAUUGCUCUGUGGUAGGGCAGAGGAGCCUGAAUGGGAAGCCCCCACCGGGGACAUCGAGGACUAGUCGUUACUCCUCAGCCAGGAGGUUCCCCAAGCCGCGAGCUGCUCACUUGGCUCUCGCCCUCUGGCCGAGAAGUAUGGGUCUCCCCAGGAUCGCCUGCGCGUUCUUGCUCGCCUUGUGCUGUUGCUAUCGCCGCGCCACGGGUGUGCCUGGAGAGGCAGAGCAGCCCACACCCGAACUGGUGGAGGUGGAAGUGGGCAGCACAGCCCUUCUGAGGUGCCCCUUGGACUCCUCAAGCAACCUCAGCCAUGUGGACUGGUUUGUUAUCCACAAGGAAAAGCAGACACUCAUCUUCCGUGUGCGCCAGGGCCAGGGCCAGAGUGAACCUGGUCAGUACCAUGACCGCCUCAGCCUCCAGGGCCCUGGGGCCUCCCUGGUCCUGACUCAAGUCAUCCCUCAUGAUGAUCGAGUCUUUCUGUGCCAGAGCAAGCGCCCUCGGGCCCAGGAGCACCGCAUCCAGCUCCGUGUCUACAAAGCUCCAGAGGAGCCAACCAUACAUAUCAGUACCAAUGGCAUCUCUGUGAACAACCAUGAGCUGGAGGAGAUCGCCACCUGUGUGGGGAGGAACGGUUACCCCUUCCCUCAGGUCAUCUGGUACAAGAACAGGCGGCCCCUGAAGGAGGAGAAGAACCGCAUCCACAUUCAGUCAUCACAGAUUGUGGAGUCAAGUGGCUUAUACACCUUGAAGAGCAUCCUGAAGGCACAGCUAGCUAAGGAAGACAAGGAUGCCCAGUUUUACUGUGAGCUUAACUACCGGCUGCCCAGUGGGAACCACAUGAAGGAAUCUAGGGAGGUCACUGUCCCUGUUUUCUACCCCGCAGAAAAGUUGUGGUUGGAAGUGGAGCCUGUGGGAAUGCUGAAGGAAGGGGACCGAGUGGAAAUCAGGUGUCUGUCUGACGGCAACCCUGCGCCCCACUUCACCAUCAACAAGAAGAACCCAAGGACCGGGGAGAUGGAGGAACAGGAAACCCCUGACAAUGGCAUCCUGGUCUUGGAGCCUGCCCAGAAGCAGCACAGUGGGGUCUACCAGUGUCAGGGCCUGGACUUGGAAGACAUAACAUCACUGUCAAGUGACACCGAGAAGCUUCUGGUGAACUAUGUGUCCGAUGUUCGAGUGAGCCCUGCAGCCCCUGAGGGCCAGGAAGGUGGCAGCCUCACACUGACCUGUGAGGCGGAGAGUAACCAGGCCCUUGCAUUCCAGUGGCUGAGAGAAAAGACAGGCCAGGUGCUGGAAGAGGGGCCUACGCUUCAGUUACUCAGCCUGAAACGGGAGGCAGGGGGUGGCUACCGCUGCGUGGCAUCUGUGCCCAGUGUACCUGGCCUGAACCACACACAGCUGGUCAACGUGGCCAUUUUUGGCCCCCCGUGGAUGGCAUUUAAGGAGAGGAAAAUGUGGGUGAAAGAGGACACAAUGCAGAAUCUGUCAUGUGAGGCAUCAGGGUACCCUCGGCCCUCUAUCUCCUGGAAUGUCAACGGCACGGCAAGUGAACAAGAGCAAGACCCACAGAGGGUACUAAGCACCGUGAAUGUCCUUGUGACCCCAGAGCUGCUGGAGACAAGCGUACAAUGCACAGCCUCCAACUCCCUGGGCAGAAACAUCACCACCAUCUUCCUGAAUCAAGUCGGUUUAACCACCCUCACACCAGACUCCAGCACACCCGCUGGCCCCAGCACCUCCACAGUCAGUCCUCAUGCCAGAGCCAACAGCACCUCCACAGAGAGAAAGCUGCCGGAGCAGGAGAGCAAGGGCGUGGUCAUUGUAGCUGUGAUUGUGUGCAUCCUGGUUCUGGCUGUGCUGGGCGCUGUCCUCUAUUUCCUCUACAAGAAGGGCAAACUGCCCUGUGGGCGGUCAGGCAAACAAGAGAUCACGAUGCCCGCGUCUCGUAAGAGUGAAUGUGUAGUUGAAGUUAAGUCAGAUAAUCUCCCAGAAGAGAUGGGCCUCCUACAGGGCAGCAUCGGUGACAAGAGGGCUCCAGGAGACCAGGGCGAGAAAUACAUCGAUCUGAAGCAUUAGCCCAAAUCCCACUCAGCUCCCACCCUGCCUGGAAUGUUUCCGGCUUCUUGCUCACUCUGCUUCCCAGCCAAAGCCUCCAGAGGGACUACAGAGAAGAUCCCUGCUCCACCUCACCCGAAGACCAGUUCCAGAGGCCCAGAGGCUAGGACCAGAUGCAUCCUGACGAGGACCUCACUCAGCCCUGGAGGCCCCCUUUCAGGGAAUGGGCCACUAAAGUGAUGCUCUUGUCAAGAAGGGGCUUCAGUCUCCAAGGGUAGGGAGGAGAGUUUCUCACAGAAAGUGUUUUCUCCUUACAACGGUAUGACUGUAGAUACUUCUAUCAGCAGUGGAGCAGAGUGGCCCCUCUGUGCUGGUUUCCCGCCCCUCAGGCUUCAGUAUCUCAGUUGUACCCCUAAUGUGAGCAUGCAGACAUCUGUUUGCUGUCACAGUGUCACUCUGGCUCUGGACAAUACCCAGCCAUAUCCAGAAUCAGCUGCAGAGGCCUGAUGUCUUCCUGCACACCUCUUUGGAGCUGCUUUUGUGACAUUUUUUUCCCUUGGGCAGAAGCCACAUACUGGUGUCAUUCCUUCAAAGAUCUUUCCCUGCAGUGAGGAAGCUGGGCAGUUUCCACAGGGAGCUACUGAGCCCAGGGUCCCUGUAUUCUUAUGGGUCCCAGCACCCUUUCAGAGUGGCCAUAUGAGACAGAAAGGUGGGAGCUGGGGACAAAGAUGAAGUCCAAUGUCCUUCAUGGUGUUAAGGACUAUAGCUGUAUCAUACCAAAUCUAUACACUGAGCUACCAGGCCCAGACCCUAGAAAGACCCAAAAGGGAGAGUGGUACUUAGGGAUGAAAAAUGAGGGUCUGGCCAGAGCUUCGGGACAUGUCUAUGUGUGCCUACACAUAUGUGUAUGUGUAUAUAUAUGUAUAUGGUUUUGUGUGUAAAUUUGCAAAUGGUUUCCUUUUAUAUAUAUAUAUAUAAGAAAAAUAAAGCUUAAUUGUGCCAGGAAUCUCACACUGCUUCCUAUCAUCACCGGUACAAAGGUGCCUGGGGAGACUCUGACCAGCAGCUGCACCAAAAGGAAUGCAGAAUGCACUGAAGUCAGCUGCACACUGGGCCUGGCAGGCUGCUGGCUGGGGCUGUGUCACUUCAUAUGUGUUUUGUCACUGAGACUUGCCUCAUGUCAGUAGUACCUGCCCUGGCAACUGCUCCAGAGCUGCCCCAUUUAGCACCUCCCAGCCCGGAAUGAGCAAAAAUUCAAGUAAGCUACGAUAAAAGAAACUUUAUUUAAAAAUAUUUUUUUUACAGACAUGAGUGCUUGAAAAAGCUCUUUAGUUAACUGUAUAUGGAAAUGAAAAAAUUAAUAAAUAACAUUAGUAUAACAGACCUCUAACAUUAAUACACUGGCAAAACAAAAUGGACUUGAAAAUGAAUCUUAAAGCUCUGCUAUUCUCUGUAAGAAUAUUUACCUUCUGUUUUUCUUAUUCUUUACAGGUGAGAAUGAUUAAAUACUAAUAUAAAUUUUUUAUAUUAAUGACAUUUUUUAAAAUAGUCCAUGAA